AUGAGUUAUUGGGAGCGGGGAAGUUUCAACUCGAGCGGAAGCGCCCCGCCGCCGCCGGAGAGACACAAGCGGAGCCGCACCGAACACCACUACCCCGCGCCUCCGAACGCGUGGAAGCCAGAGAGGCCUGACGGAAUCAUCGCGCGGGAAGCUCCGCCAGCGGCGCCGGCCGCCUUUUACGCCGGCGUUCCGCAGGGGACCGCCUGGGGGGACCGGCACCGCGCGGACGGGAACAGCGGGCGCCGCCCCGCAGAGGCGGGGGAAAGGGAGAAGAAGCCGGCGCCUGCCCACCCAGAGGGGCAGCCCAGUACCGGCGACGGAAAAGGAAGAAAUAGGGAAGAAACAGGGAGGACCCCGACGGCCGAACAACGGCCACCCCCCGCAGAAAACCGAUGUAGCCACGCCGCUCUGCAGGAGCUUUUGCGGCGCAUUAUAGCUCUCGAGUUUUCAGGCCGGUGCACGCAGCGGUCUAUGGCAGUGGUGGAGGCUAUCUGCGACACGCUCUGUCACACGCCUGUGGCGGUGGUGAAGGUGAUGGAGGUUCUAGACGAGUGCUUUGCGGAGGCCGUUCAGCUGAAACAGCAGCAGCAACUCUUAAAUUACUGGUACAUAGUCGACGCCGUGAUGAAACUCUUCCGCGACCGGCCCUCCAUGCUAAACGCGGUUGUCGUUGCCCUGCCCCACCUCCUCCUUCAGUAUGUGCCCUGGAAAAAAAGCCGGCUGGCAGAAGAGUCGUGGAUGCAACGCGAAAGCGAUGAGCAUCGCUACGAACAAUUGUUCCUCACCUGGGGCCGCGCCGUGCCGAAGCCACUUCUUGAUGAAAUAUGGUCCAUGUGGAAGAACGGCGCCCUCCCAACGGAGACGCCAACCCUUGAUAGACACUAG